GUGAAACACCACUAUACAUGGCUGCUGAGGAAGGAUGUAUGACUUUGCGUUACAGAUCUUGAAAGCUUGUCCCUCCUCCGCAUAUGGUGGCCCCUACGGUAGGACAGCUUUGCAUGCUGCUAUAUUUGGUGGCCAUGAAGGUAUCGUAAGAAUAUUACUGAAGAAAAUGCGGGAGGACAAAACACGAGAUAUGAUCAGAAAAGCAGACAAUGAUGAGCGGACAGCACUCCAUUUUGCUGCAUUAUGGGCUUCUCCGGGCAUUGCUAAGAUGUUAAUAAAGAAAGAUAUAUAUGUAGCUUAUAAAAAGGAUAAGGGUGGGAUCUUACCAGUUCACCUCGCAGCUGAAAGAGACGAGCUAAGAAUAUUUAACAUGUUCUUCGAACAUUGCCCAGAUUGCUUUGAACAUGUUGAUCGCAAUGGCUGGAAUGCUCUCCAUUUUGCAGCUGGCUGCAGUUCAGGUGGUGCAAUCAGUGUACUACGCAGAGUUCUAAUUAGUGGUGACAAUGAGCUACUCAAGGGAAUGGCUAAUGAGGGAGACAAUGAGGGAAACACGCCUUUACAUGUUGCUGUCAAGUCUGGGAAUAUUAUGUCAGUGGACGUUUUCUUAAGAUCCAGCGUUGUGGAUAAAUUGGCUAUCAACAACGAUUGCUUCACGCCACUCGAUCUCAUUGAAUUGGACACCAACAAAGAUCCAACAUUCCAGGGUCUUUUCUGGGCCCCCUUAGAGAAAUAUUGGAAGGGCCUAAGUACUCCAAAACUUAGGAGGAAACUUGUUUAUGAAGAAAACCAGAAACCUGACGAUGAAAAAAUCGAAGGAGAAAAAGAAUCUAAAGAGACUGAACACGACAAACAAAGAGAUGAAACACAUCUACUGGUAGCAACUCUAGUAGCCACAGUCACCUUCGCCGCUGGUUUCACAAUGCCUGGGGGUUACAACAACGAUGGUAGUGGCACUGCAACUUUAACCACAAAUGCUGCUUUCCAAGGGUUUGUUAUAUUAAACACUCUAUCUAUGGCAUCGGCCGUUGCUGCUAUUUUUUCACACUUCUAG